AAAAAAAAUUUGAAACGCAAGAAAUGAAAAUCAAAGUUGACGCCUGAGAGAGAAAGAAGAAAGAGAGAGAGGACCGUUCUUUCCGUUUUCACAUUUGCCUCAGAAGGCUUUGGUUACUUACGGUUAAAACCAGACACGACGCCGGAGAAAAAUACUAGGGGGGAAAGAAAAUAGGUUUUUAGUAAUAAACCAAAGUUCCCUCCUCUCCUCUCCUCCACCUCGUUUACUUUCUUCCCUUCAAUGGUUCCAAGCUCUCUUCUCUUCUUCUCCCUUUGAUAAGCUUGGUCGUUACCUUCUGAGAAAACCAUAAAUUUCAACUCUUUUCAGACAAUCAAAAUCUCUCAUGAAACUCUCUUAGAUCCAUGGGAGAUUAUCUUUCCUCUCUUGAUUACCUCAUUCUCUCUCUGGGAUCACAAAUGCUCCAUUCUACAUCCCCUUUCCACUCUACAUCUUAACCCUAGCGGUGCUGCCCCCAACAGAUCCAUGUUUUGCAGAUAGAAAGCUUUACCAAGUCUGUCCUGCGGCAAGCUCUCGUCUUCAGAUUUGAAAGGGAAAACCCUAGAGAAUUUUGACCCCAUUCUACGAUGAAGAGCUCGAGCCGUUUUUUCACGAUUGGGCUUGUGACGGCAUGGUACUCGUCCAACAUCGGGGUUUUGUUGCUCAACAAGUAUCUCCUUAGCAACUAUGGUUUCAAGUAUCCGAUCUUCCUCACCAUGUGUCACAUGACAGCAUGUUCCCUGCUCAGCUACGUCGCCAUUGCUUGGAUGAAGAUGGUCCCAAUGCAAACCAUCCGAUCCCGUGUUCAGUUCAUGAAGAUCGCUGCUCUGAGCCUCGUUUUUUGUGCUUCCGUUGUUAGCGGUAAUGUCUCGCUUCGAUUCCUUCCGGUGUCAUUCAACCAGGCAGUUGGUGCCACUACCCCAUUCUUUACCGCCUUGUUCGCCUAUAUCAUGACGGUGAAGAGGGAAUCUUGGCUGACUUACGUUACCCUCAUUCCUGUCGUUACAGGGGUCAUCAUUGCUAGCGGGGGUGAACCAAGUUUCCAUCUAUUUGGUUUUAUAAUGUGUGUUGGUGCUACUGCUGCAAGGGCACUCAAGUCAGUACUUCAAGGGAUUUUGCUGUCCUCCGAAGGAGAGAAGUUGAAUUCCAUGAACCUCCUGUUGUACAUGGCUCCAAUUGCUGUUGUGUUCCUACUUCCUGCGGCACUUAUAAUGGAGGAAAAUGUUGUUGGGAUCACGCUAGCACUUGCAAGAGAUGAUAGCAAGAUCCUUUGGUAUCUCCUCUUCAAUUCUGCACUUGCAUAUUUUGUGAAUUUGACCAACUUCUUGGUCACCAAACACACCAGUGCUUUAACUCUUCAGGUCCUUGGAAAUGCAAAAGGAGCUGUGGCUGUGGUGGUCUCUAUUUUGAUAUUCAGAAAUCCUGUUUCAGUGACUGGAAUGCUUGGUUACUCAUUAACAGUUAUGGGAGUUAUCCUUUACAGUGAAGUGAAGAAACGGAGCAAGUGAAGAAACCGUCUGAAACAGCAUACAAAUACAUUUUUCUUGUAUUUUACCUUUUUUUUUUUACGAGGGCCGCAACAUGCUUCUUGGAGCUGAGGUUGGUGCUAUUCAGCCGAUUCCAUAUAUUGCACCCUCCAAAUUCUUUUGUUGGAGACCGGCGAUAGAGUUUCCACCUGUAUCAAGUAUCAACAGCAACUGCCAGCUUAGGAAAGGCUAGGAAAAUCUCAAUAAGAGGAUUCAUUGGUCUGUCUUUUCUUCCCAUAAUAUAGGAAUGUCUACUAUUCUUUUCAGGUUCAGAAUUGGGUCUCCGCCCAAUUUUAUCUGUUUUUUAGACCUUUUGACAUCUCUUGAUUAAUUAAUGAAAGAUAUUCUGAUACUUUCUACCAUUA